UGCGCUUAAUUUUCUAAUUCGUUAGCAAAUCUUAAGUUGUUAAAAUUUGUUUUGUGACAAUUCGUUGAAAAACAACGACACUCAAAGCACACGCAAUGACAGACAAGUGAUUGUAAUUGAUAUAAAAUUUCUACGACUGUUCCCAGCCAGAAAUACUACAAAAUUAUUCAAGCAAUGUCAAUGGAAAGCAAUACGCCCGUGGAUCCGCGUGUCCAGAUUGAGCUGGAAAAACUGAACUCGGCCACGGACAAUAUCAACAAAUACGAAGUGGAACUCGAUGAGUCCAAGUGCGAGUUCAAGCGCUUGCUGGCGGAGAGCGUAGUGCGCAUCAAAAGCGCUGCCCACAAGCUUGGCAAUUCCAUAGAUGCCGCCAAGCCCUACUACGAGUCGCGCAUCUAUGCCGCCCAGCUGGCGAAGGAGACGCAACAAGCAGCUGCCAAUCAUGAGAAGGCCAAGUCCAUACAUGCCGCCGCCAAGGAAAUGGUUUACCUAGCCGAGCAGGGACUGGGCGAGAAGUCAACGCUGGACACUGCCUGCCAGGAGAUGCUCAGCCAUGCUGCCAGCAAAGUCAAUCAAUCCCAAUUGGAGGUCAGCGAUACGCGCAAUGCCCUCAAAAUGUGCCAACUAAAGCUCGAGGUGGCCAACAAUCGUGUGGGCAAACUGCAGGGACAACUCAAGCAGGCACUGCGCGCCUCCAGAUUGCAGCUCAGGCGCAAUUUACUUUUGUUGAGAUACUUUAGCCUAAUGCACGCUUUGUAUUGUUCCCUGUGCUCACCGUACUACGAGACGCGAGCCAACUACAAUGGGCUGCUGAAGGCGCAAAAGCUGCGCGUGAAUGAGCUGGAGACGAAAGUGGGCGCCGCCAAGAUGACCUACAAUGAGGCGCUGAAGAAUCUGGAGCAGAUUAGCGAGGAUAUACACAGGCAGCGCCAGCAGCGCAACAAUCUGUUGAACUACGAAGCGAUGCUGCGUCAAGUGGACGCAGUGGAUGCAUUGACCGCAAGCGUGGAGCAGCAAGCGGCGCUGGAGUCGGAGCCGGAGCCGGAGGAAGAGUAUCUGCGCAUGCCGGAUCGUCUAAGCAGCGGCGCCAGUUCGCCGCGCCAGCGCCACGCCGAUCCGCACGACUGCCCGCAUCUGUUGCACGACUUUGAGGCGGUGCUGACGUUUCCACAGAAACUCGCGGGCGGCAUGCACAAGUCGGCGAGCACCAGCGCCACGGAUGGCGACAACAAUCUGUUUGCACAGGCGCAGGGACUGCAUGGACCGUAUGAGGUGAAGCCGCGCUCCGAGUCGGGCUCCAGUUCGCUGGCCUCGGCCUCGGCGUCAGUGUCGACGUCGGCAGCGCCGCCAGCGGAUAACGACAUUGAUCAGUGGACGGAAAUACGACUGUCGCAUUCGGACAGCACCAGCUCCAGCUACUCUAAUCAGUCGCUGCUGGAGCAGCAUGGACUGGACGGCGCCGGCUCGUGCGGCGCUGGCGGCGGCUUGGGCUUGGGCUACGGCAUGAGCGGCUUGGAUGCGGAUGUGCAAUCGCAGCACUCGACCUCGUCGUCGGACGAGCCCAAGCGCAAAGUGACCUGCACGACGAUCUUUCAGGACGACAGCAGCGCCAGCCUGGGCCUGAGCGGCCCCAUGAGCCGCAAGCAAAGCCUCAGCCAGUGGCUCAGCCGCUCGAACAGCUUCAAGAGCAGCGGUCGACGUCAAAGUCUCGAUCUGCUGAUCGACGCCGGCGACAAGGUGAAGGAUGUGUUCAGCUAUGGAUUUCAGAAGGUCGGGCGCAGUCUGGAGCGGCGCAACAGCGAGUCGGAGAUGGCCAGCGAUGGUCACGAAACGGAUGCAUUGCUGACUGGCAGCGCAGCGGGCGCAGCAGUGACGGCAGCAACAGUUGCUGCCAACAGCUCGAGCAGCAACAACAGCAGCAGCAGCAGCGGCGGUGGCGCCGGCGAUUUCUUUCUAUUUAGCAGAUCGUCGGAGCCCAAAGAAUUACUCUCCGAUGAGCAGGUUGAGAAUUUACUUUUAAACCACAUGGUCGAUGAGCAUGGCGUGAUUAUCGUUGAGGAGCUCAAAUCACCAACAGCAGCGUCUCGAACAACAGCAACAAGCAUGCAACAUUCACCGCAGCAGCUACAGCAACAACAACAACAACAGCAGCAACAUCAUACGCUGAGCGUCGCGGGUGCAGCGCGUGCCGCUUUAAUGUUUUAAACAAAUCAAACCAACAAAAAAGCGCAAAAGACCAUUUCAAAACACACACACGGUGGUGGGGGGGGCGGGGGCGUUGCGUGCUUCAGAUCGGGGAGGGGAGGGUUAGCGAACAUAUCAUUGAUCAUUUUAUAAAGUAACCAUACAUGGGAAAGACCGUGGCCGACGCAGCUGAGUCUGGCCCAUAAGUCUUGUUAACUAUUUUGUUCUCUAUUAAAAAAAAAAACAAAAACAAAGAGCAAACAAAAAUUGUGCACGCAUUUUUAUCGCAUUGUGCACAAUUUUUGUUUGUUUCCUAACCAAACAUGUGCAAUAAUGUUGUUUAGCGUACAAAACAAAACAAAGAGUUACACUUUAUGCUGUUCACAAAAAGCAAUUUACUUACUAAAGCUAGUCAAAAGUCAAACAAAAAAUCAGUUAAAUGGUUGAAAUCG